GUGAUAGUACUAGAGUAGAAGAAGACGAUUGAGAUGGGUGUUGGUGAGGUUUGGAGGAGAGUGAAGCCGUACGUGGCCAUGGUCUUCUUGCAGUUCGGCUACGCCGGCAUGUUCGUCGUCUCCGUGGCCUCGCUCAAGCAAGGCAUGAGCCAUUACGUGCUUGUUGUCUACCGGAACGCCGUCGCUGCUGCUGUCGUCGCUCCCUUUGCACUCUGGUUCGAAAGGAAAGUGAGGCCAAAGAUGACCCUCCCCAUCUUCCUCAAGAUUAUGGCUCUCGGACUACUCGAACCAGUUCUCGAUCAAAACUUCUACUACAUGGGAACCAAGUACACAUCGGCCAGCUUUUCCUCUGCUCUCUACAACAUACUGCCUGCAGUCACGUUUCUGAACGCCUUUGUUUUAAGAAUGGAGAAGAUAGACAUCAAGAAACGACACAGUCAAGCUAAGAUUAUUGGGACUCUGGUGACAGUGAUCGGUGCACUGAUCAUGAUAUUAUACAAAGGCCCGAUCGUCGAGUUCAUAUGGAACAAGGGACGGCACCUCCAAGCCGAGGCUGCUGCCCAGAAUGACACUCACUGGCUCCUCGGUACCCUCAUGCUACUGUUUAGCUGCUGCUGCUGGUCCGCGUUCUUCGUGUUGCAGUCACAUACGCUGAAGUCCUACCCUGCAGAGCUCUCCUUGACAACCUUGAUAUGCCUCACGGGAACGGGGCAAGCCGGUGCAGUUGCUCUCUUCAUGGAACGCGGCGCCAAGCCUUGGUCGAUAGGAUUUGAUAUGAGACUCUUCACGGCGGUCUACUCCGGCAUAAUGUGCACAGGGGUGGCGUAUUACUUGCAAGGGGUGGUGAUGAAGGAGAGAGGUCCUGUGUUUGUAACUGCUUUCAACCCUCUCUGCAUGAUCAUAGUAGCUGUGAUGGGCUCCAUCAUUCUAGCAGAGGAGAUCUCUUUAGGGAGGGUGAUUGGUGCAGUUGUUAUAGUCAUCGGUCUUUACUGUCUUAUAUGGGGGAAGAGCAGCGACCGGAUGAACACCUCCACAGAGAACAGUGAGAAGACGAAGGCCGUGGAUGAUGUCAUGAUAUCGAACUCCAUCGACUACGUCACUGUUGUAGACAUCCCACCGGAGAAGAAACCUGACGGAAUUAAUUAAGCUCUGUUGUGUUGCUGCAUGUACGGCAACGACUGGAUAAGGAUGCCUCUCAGCAGCUGUUGCUGUCACGGUCGAGGCUAAUCUCCAUGCAUCUUUCUUUUCUGCUUUCAGAAGAUUAUCCUAUGCACAAUAAUUCUCCAUCUUUUAUCUACUGUCAUCUCCAUGAUGCGGAAUGAGAAGUGGUCCUAAUGAUCGAUCACCUUUGAUGAGCUUUACUUUC